AUGCCCGCGCCACAGGCCGCAACAACAAUCGACCUCACAACGGCACCCAAGCGAUUGCCGCCAGCUCCACACAGCAACGGAGCCUACGGCCCACUGGCCCAAUCUGAGCCCAGCCUGUCGACGCAACGAAGAGCGCCGCCCGCAGUGCCGCCAGCGCAGAGCAAGCCGUGUACGCUUGCUCAAGCCGCGGCAGCGCCGGCGAGAAAGAUGCCGAACAAGCCCUUGCCUCCGCCGGUGGCGAGUAGUCAGUCGUCACCCUCCGCGGUCACAGCGACACCCUCGCCGGGGCCAUCGCCGUUUCCACAACAGGCCGCCAAGCCGCUUCCACCGGUAGAAGUCAGCAAGGAGAAGGAGGCCGCCAGCGAACGGCAAAACUCGUUUGAGGGCAUCAACACCACCAUCUCCUUCGUCCUGCUUUCGCAAGUCAUCUUUACCUCCGAGGUUGAUCGGUUCUUCUUGUGCACGAUCGAGGUCAAGUGGGGCAAUGCCCAGUGGAUCAUCAAGCGGCCGUACGGCCAGUUCCAGGCAUUCGACGCCUGGACGAACCACUACGUGAAGACCAUCAACCAGCUGCCUUAUCCCCUGCCACCGGCCAAGAAGUUCGUCAAGCCCAAGGAGAAGAACGCCGACAAGCGUGCGGCGGAGAUGAAGAAGUACAUCGCCGGCAUCUCUUCGUUCGUGCACCUCUUCUUGGCACACAAGGUGGGCAGAGCAAUGAUCCUGCGCUUCUUUGCGCCCAUUCAGGCUGGUGACGUCAAGGACCCAUCCGUGCCGAUGCCCUUCGACGUGCCACCGUCCCUUCCACAGGGCAAGCUCCUGGGCUGGUGA